AUGUGUUCUUUCAAGUGGAUUGUGUGUAUAGUAGCAUUGUUUGCGGUAGAUGUACACACUGGCGCUUUGCAAACAACUGGUAUAUCCUCACGAAGAUGUCAUCACUGCGUACAUAAUGCUACAAACAACUGCGAGGGAGGAGAUCAAAUAACUGUUCUGUGUCCGAUAGGAGAGCCUUACUGUGCGACUGUGGCUAUAGCACCCAAUUUUAUAUCAACAGUAACGUGUGCAGCUGCAAGCGACUCUCCUUGCUUAUUAAGAUUUAAUUUGAAGUCCGCCCUGGAGUUGAUCUGUACAUGCACUAAGCCCCUUUGCAAUUUGCCGUAUUCCACUCAACUACGGAACGAGCUGUUAAAUUUUUCAACGAAUAUUCAGUCUAACGCUAGCGAUGAGCUCACUGAAGCGUUCCUAAAAUCCUCGAUGUUUGCAAACGUGACUAAAGCGAAACUGUAUGAUAUGAUAACCUCUGCCGGGGAAGCGAUUGUUAAGCCUUCAUUUUUGUCGCCCCAAUCAACGGCUAUUGAUUUAGAGUCGAUCGAUAUUGAGGAAAUUAAACCUCGUGCUGAGAGUCUAAAGCAAGCGACUGUUCCACCUGAUGAUGAAGAUGACGGCGAGGGUAGCGGCUUGGAAGACAGCAAGACUCCUGCAUCAGCCCCAGCAGCGCCAAGUUCAUUUUUACCGGCCCAAGAAAAUAAUGCGUCGUCAUUAAUAUUAAAUGUAUAUUUGUUAUACGCAUUUAUGUAUCUGCACAACCUGUAG